CCCCGCCCCUCGGCGGCUCCAGGUACAGCGGGGGGACCUCCCGGCCGCGGCAGGUCCCGGGCUGGGGCGCCAUGGCCGAGUCCCAGCUGAGCUGCCUGGACGAGGCGCACGUGAACGAGAGGGUGACCGAGGUGCAGGCCGCCUUCUACUACUGCGAGCGGCGGCGGGCCGCGCUGGAGGCGCUGCUGGGCGGCGGCGAGCAGGCCUACCGCGAGCGGGUCAAGAAGGAGCGGCUGCGGGACUUCCUCUCCAGCCAGGAGCGCCAGGCCCUUCUUGCCGCUUGGAGCCCCUACGAGGACGCCGCCCCCGCCGCCGCCGCCGCCGCCCGGGGCAAGAACAAGGCCAAGGCCAAGGCCCCUACGCAGGCCCCAGAGGAGCCCGGAGAGUCUCUGGCCUACUGGCCUGACCGUUCUGACACCGAGGUCCCCCCACUGGACCUGGGCUGGACGGACACCGGUUUCUACCGCGGCGUGAGCCGUAUCACUCUCUUCACUCACCCUCCCAAAGAGGAGAAGGCGCCGCACCUCAAGCAGGUGGUCAGGGAGAUGAUCCAACAGGCCCAGAAGGUUAUUGCUGUAGUCAUGGACCUCUUCACUGAUGGUGAUAUCUUCCAAGACAUUGUGGAUGCCUCCUCUAAGCGCCGGGUCCCAGUAUAUAUCAUCCUGGACGAGGCAGGAGUGAAGUAUUUCCUGGAGAUGUGUCAAGGCCUGCAACUCACUGACUUCCGUAUUCGGAACAUCCGUGUCCGCUCCGUGACAGGCAUCGGCUUCUACAUGCCCAUGGGAAAAGUCAAGGGGACCCUGUCAUCAAGGUUCCUGAUGGUGGAUGGUGACAAAGUAGCCACUGGAUCUUACAGGUUCACCUGGAGUUCCUCCUCCGUGGAUAGGAACCUCCUCCUCCUCCUGACAGGGCAGCACGUGGAGCCCUUCGAUGUAGAGUUCCGGGAGCUGUACGCCAUCUCUGAGGAGGUGGACCUGUACCGGCACCUGGGCCUGGCGGGCAGACUGGGCCUCAACUACUCCUCCACUGUGGCUCGCAAGCUUAUCAACCCCAAGUAUGCCUUGGUGUCCGGCAGCCGCCACCCACCGGGCGAGAUGAUGCGCUGGGCCGCCCGGCAACAGCGGGAAGCCAGCAGCAACCCAGAGCGGCAGGAGGAGGGUGGAGGCGGUGGUGAGUCGGCCCGGCGCCUGGAGAGCUUCCUGGAUGACCUGGUUACUAUAGAGCAGGUGCUGCCCCCCGUGGAUCCCCUCCCCACAGGAGAGCUGAGCCGGAAGGAUGGCAGGGUGGUCUCUCGUAUGCACAUAGACCUGAAACCCAAAUCCCAGGAGGCAACUACCCGAAAUGGCAUGGGAGAAGCUGCCAAUGGAGAGGCCGCCCCAGCCAAGGAAGUUAAGCGCUGCUUCGGCAGCAGGUUCUUCAGCCGACGGGCCAAGAGGCCCGCAGCAUCCAACGGCAUGGCCGCCUCCCUCUCCACAGAGAACUUCGCCGAAGUGCCGUUUCUGAUGGGGAAGAGGCCCAAUGAGAGUUCCAGCACCGACAUCCCAGGUAAAACAAGUCAAAGUGCCACCAAGUCCAGCAACUGCGUGAUUUCCUGAGCCACAGGAUGUGGUGGGAAGCACCUGUGGAUGCCCACCUGUCGUGUCCUGGGCUGUGGAGAGCGCAUGUUGCAUGCUGUACAAGUUUGCACAUCAGACUCUGACUGGCCUCCUGCCCUGCAGCCUCUCUCCUGGCCUCCGGGACCUGAAUCCCAAAUAGGAGGGACCGAAGCAUCUCCAGACAAUCACACACCUCUACCAGACUGUUGGUGGCUGGGAAGGGGUCACUGCCACCUUGUUUACAUGAAGCAGAAGCCUGA